AUGGCGUGCUUUGCGAUUGCUCGUAUUAUGCUUCAGCAUAGUUAUGUGGAGAAUGAGGCUAUCCCACUCCACGUCAACAAAGUCUACUCAGAUAAUACACAACUGCAAUAUGCAUUUUACGACUUGCCCUUCGUCUGUCCUCCGACUGGUGAGAAGCAUGCAGGAUAUGCUAGCGGCCGAAGGGUCAGUCUCAACCUGGGCGAGGUGUUGAGAGGCGACAGAAUAAUGGCGUCGGAUUAUGAUCUUGCGAUGGGCCAAGACAAUGAGUGCCGAUAUCUAGGGAGCCACAAAACAGAUCGCAAGGGGGUACAAAGAGCAAGACAGCUGAUUGAGGAUGGCUACGUUACCGAGUACAUUGUAGACAAUUUGCCCGGAGCUACUUCCUUUGUGACCCCGGACAAGAGUCAGAAAUACUACGCUGCUGGCUUCAAGCUCGGCUUUAAAGAUUUCUCCCCGACGAACGGGAGGCCGCGCUACUUCAUCAAUAAUCAUUUGAUCCGGCGAAAAGGGGGGAGGGUCAUUGUUGGUUUCGAAGUUUUCCCCAAGAGUAUUGAGGCAGGUCACAGGGAUAGAGAUGGAUGUCCACAGGAUGUUCACGGCGAUAAUGAAGGCAUGGAGCUUUAUCUUACCCAGAACUCUACAAUCGCCGCAAGGGACUUCCCCCAUUCCUCAGAUCAAUUGCCAGAAGAGGAAGUGAGUGAUGGGAUGACGCUGAACAUCCCUUACUCUUAUUCCGUGUACUACAGGGAAGACAACAAGAUUGAGUGGUCGCGAAGGUGGGACCCUUAUUUCAACAAUCAAGAAGAAGGCAACAGCAUCCAUUGGCUCGCAAUAAUCAAUUCCCUUGUCAUAAGCUCUCUCUUGACGGCAGUCGUGGUGAUGAUAUUUGCAAAGACUAUCAUCGGAGACGUGCGCGGACGGUCAAAAGACGGCAGCGCCGAAGAAGGCAGGGUCAAAUUGAAGUCAAGACCACCAAAACUUCGGUCAAAACCCUUGCACGAAAAGAGUGCAGGCUUGCUGGAGCAAAAGAGCGAAAACGAGGAAGGCGAUAACUCCUCUGACGAUGAAUUUGUUGAAGAUGUCAGUGGCUGGAAACAGCUGCAUGGAGAUGCUUUUCGCUCUCCUCAUUACGCUGGCCUUCUGCCGCCAUUGAUAGGCUCAGGGUCUCAGCUAGUCUUUAUGGCCUUCGGUCUAUUGAUUUUGAGUACACUGGGCGUUCUCAACCCAAGUUUUCGCGGCGGCUUCGUCAGCGUAGGCGUGGGCCUCUUUAUCUUCGCUGGCCUCGUCUCGGGUUACUUCUCUGCUCGUCUCUACAAAACCUUCAAUGGCUCUGACUGGCGUCGCAACACACUUCAAACGGCUCUGCUCUUCCCUGGCGCUCUCUUCACCACUCUCUUCGUGCUGAAUCUGUUCGUUUGGGCGCAAGCCUCGAGCACCGCAUUACCAUUCGGCACUCUUGUUGGCAUUGUCGCCCUUUGGUUGCUCGUACAAUUACCUCUGGUCUAUGUUGGAAGCUGGUAUGGCGAACAUUAUUCCAAGCCAUAUGAUCACCCGACCAAAACUAGCAAAAUACCAAGGCAGAUACCAGGACAGCCUUGGUACACGACGCCAGCUUACAGUGUUCUGCUUGCUGGACUUGUGCCCUUCGCAGUCAUCUUCAUCGAGCUCCUAUUUGUCUUUCGAAGUAUCUGGCAGGACAAGUCUGGGUAUUAUUAUGUCUUCGGCUUCCUUUCCGUAGUCUCCUUUGUCAACAUUGUCACCGUGAUUGAGGUGACUAUUGUUUCAACUUACGUUCAGCUCUGUGCGGAAAAUUAUCACUGGUGGUGGCAGAGCAUAUUCACUGGAGCUGGUUCUGCAGUGUGGAUUUACAUUUAUUGUGUAUGGUUUUAUUGGACCAAGUUGAACAUACAGGGGCUCAUAAGCGGGCUGUUAUUCUUCUCUUAUUGCGGGUUGGGGUGUGCGGUAUAUGGGCUAUUAAUGGGGACGGUGGGAUUCAUAACGGCCUAUACAUUUGUGAGGAGAAUAUAUGCGUGA